UUUGGCGCCAAUGUGAUUUUGACUGACUUGAUUUGGUUUGUGAAAUAACCAAAAUACCUAGGCCUAGGUUAAUUUCUAAUGUAACAUCGCAAAUUGAGCUUAUACCCUAAUUCAUUUUUAUUUGUGAUGCACUGUUUCCUGGUUACUAUAUAAGAUCUUGUAAAUUAGAAGAACGAUUUUUAUUUUCAGUUCUAACUUGCCGCAAAGUAAUCCAAGUAGUAAUCCUUUGUUUACUGAAAAUUAUUAAAAUCGGAUUUGGGCGACAAAUCGCAUUAUUGUGACUGCUAAUACUCUUUUUGAUGUCAUGGACAUAAAUCAAGUGAUUAAAGACUGCAUCAGUACUGCUUCUGAAUGUGAAAAACAACAACACUAUGAAUCACUGAUACAGAAUUUACAGGUAUUGAGCACUACUGAUGACUUGUCAGUGUUCGACACGGGCAGGUUUGAAACGGCAGAACUGUUUAUCCUGCUACAUGAGCUAUUGUCAUGCCACCCUGCGGAGAGCGAGGUGGUGUCAGCAGUGGUGGAGGUGCUGCAGGCAGCUGUGCGCAAUCCUGCUGCGUGCCUUGCUCUCGCUCAUACAUAUCACCUGCUUUACCCCCUCACGGCACUACUAGAUGGACAACUCCCGAUGGACAGGAGGCUGGCUGUACUCCGGAUUAUACAGGAGCUCACUUAUGAGAUAGCUAUCUAUUGGCAAGAGGCACAGUUGCCGAAACUGAUAAAAAUAUUGCUGGACAUCAUAUCGAGCAAUGAUAGUGAGCUGAUACCUGUCGCCCUCGGUGUCCUCGUCAACCUCUGCCACAAGAACAAGCCAGCUGUCUACACUCUCAUGAGCUGUGUCGACAUCAAGGUAUUCCUCAGGAAGGUGCUUAACCUUCAAAGGGAACAUGUUGAAACCAGUGUCCAGGUCUGCAAACUAGUGAUGAUCUUGGACAACUUAUCUGGAAAUAUCCCUGACGCUCAAAUCUUGUCUUUUGUCCAAGUAUCCUUCCUCAGGAUCCAGAAAGUGUUCAAAUGUGGAAACGUGUGUCUGAUGCGUCACAUUGUCAGUUUUUUUCCGUCAUGCCAAGGGAACUGGGAACGUGGGAAAAAUAUUUCUGUGUGCUGUGCAAUGAGCGCUGCAGGAGAAUACAUUCCACCGAUGUUCAUCUUCCCUCGCAAGAGAAUGAGCCCUAAUUUGACAAAAGGAGGACCACCAGAUUCAAUUUACCACUGUAGUAACAACGGAUGGAUAACUGAAGAAUUGUUUAUCAUCUGGUUACACCAUUUUAUUCUCCAUGCCAAGCCAACUAAAGAGCAGCCUGUACUCCUCGUAAUGGACAAUCACAAAACCCAUACUACUUUAUCAGCGUACAAUGUUUGCAAAGAGAAUGGAAUAAUUGUAGUGACACUACCACCACACUCAUCACAUCGCCUUCAGCCAUUAGACAUUACUUUCUACAGCAGUCUAAAAGCGGCAUUCAAUAAGGAAUGUGAUAAUUUUCUUAGGUCACAUCAUCAUGAAAAAAUAACCCCUUAUGAUAUAGCUGCUGUUUUCAAUAACGCAUAUGUUAAGGUUGCCAAUAUAGCAAAAGGUGUAAGUGGAUUUGCGUCGGCUGGAAUAUUUCCUCUUGAUCCAGAAAAGUUCACAGAAGAGGAUUUUGCAGUGCGAUUAGAGGUUGAACUGGGAUUGCCAGUUAUAGAAGAUAGAGAUAUUCCUAGUGGCAUGGGUUCAAGGGAUACUUCAGUCUCUGGAGUCGAGAACAGUCCAACUUCAGCCCACAUGGAUAUGGAUAUAGACGAAGACUUAACUUUAAAUAAAGAAAAAGAUGUAUCUCUGCAGAAUGCACCAACAGUGCUUUUGCCUACUCCACCUCAAUCAAAUGCAGUGUACCAGGAGGAUACAAAUAAUCUGAUCAAUAUAUUGAUGGCUAAGGAGGUACCAAACAACUGGCAGUGUGUGCAGCAGCUGGUGGAUUUCCUCCAACAGUUAGUAGAACUGGAGUUGCCUGCCAUCACACCCCUGAUGUCCAAAAUGGUGACAUGUGUGCUGCCCUGGGUGCAGGUGGAUGGGGUAGCUCCUGAUGCAUUAGAGCUCAUUACUACUGUUCUCCAACAAUGUCGCAAUACUGAUGAUAAUGUAUACAAGGCUGUGUGUUCAUCAGUAGAAAAGAAUCUCCAGGUACUGGUAGAGAUGCUACAUGGUGGGUGUAGAACAGAAUCUAUCUCCAGCCAAGAGCGCCUAUCGCUCAUCAGUCUGCUGCACCUGUUCCGAGAGUUAGCAGCAGAUCCUGCACUGUCAGCCUACUUAGCUACCAAUGUCGACAAAGAGGAGCUGAAGAAACUGCUUCUGCCUCUCAUGUCGUUGAGUACACAUGAUGGGAUGCAUCUGUUUCAACAAUCUGUCACUACUCUGUAUGUAGAGGUCCUUAGUUUUGUGUCCAAGCUCAGCAUGGAUGACAAGGAAUGGUUAUUUUUGUACUCGGACUUGUUGCACAAGAGACAGAUUUUGCAAGCUCUAGCUAUUGCUCUGUACUCUGGUCCUUACGAAGUUAAGGAACAAAUUUUGUAUCUAGCUGCUACUACAAGUUUUUCUAAAGACUGUUUAACCAUGCUGUCAAGGUGCCUGACAGACCUGAAUCAGCUGUUCCAAUCACCUCCUACUACAGCGAACUCCUUUCCAGAGAAAGAUGUUUCAUUUUCUUUUUCACAGUCUCACCCAGAGUUUUCUUCUUCCUUCACGAAAUCACAAAGAAAUGGGUUAGACAGUUUGAUAGAAAAGUUAGACGACCUCUAUAAGAAGAACAAGUUAGAGAAUGCGGCGGUAGCAGGGAUCGUAGAGCUGUACCAAUACAAGCUGGCGGAUACACGCCGAACAGAACAAGGCCUACAGGCCAGCCUGGCGGCAGCAGACCGUCACCACACCCAGCUGUCCCACCACGUGGCCCAUCUAAAUGCUGAAACCGCCAGACUGCACCAGCUUCUAUAUUCAAGUCAGCAGGCACAACAAGGCUUCCAGUUGGAACUGUCAGAGCUGCGGCAACAGCUGGUAGCUGCGCAGGAAUCAGCUACCACUUCUCACAUCAAAUUCAAACAGUUGAAACAAGACGUUCAUUCGAAAAGUAUGAUAAUAAAGGACCAGAAUGAUGAAAUCGUUAGGCUGAAACAAACAGUUGAAGAGCAUUCAAAGAGAUGUGAGGAAUUAAAACAGAGAACGACAAGCCUAAUGGAGGAACGAGAGGAACAAAACAUAGUGAUACAAAAACUUGAACAAAAAACUGUGAACUUGGAAGAGAAUGUUCAAGAACAGAAGAAGUGUAUACAGAAUUUAGAAACUGUAAAAACAGAUCUUCAAGCCUCUAACUCAAAACUAGAGGAAAAACUGGAAGAGCGUAACCUAUUGUUAUCAGAAAAAGAAUCCUUACUGGAGAAAAAAACAGCUCAAAUAAAGUCUUUAGAAAAUGAUUUAUCAAAUCUGAAAGUGCAAAUGAAAUCACUUGAAAAUCAGCUGGUUGACUUUGAGAAAAUGAGGAAGAUAAUAUUUGAAAUCACCGGUGGAAAGAAAAGUAACUAUUGAUGUUUACUUGUGUAUAGUAUAUCAAUAUUUUGGAAGCAACAUUUUUAUAUGUGGUUAUUAUUUUAUGUGCAUGAAGAUUUUGUAAAAUAUUAAAUAUAUUAAUAUGC